AAAAUGUCAAAAAGUCCCUCUCAGUCCUUCCGCUGGCCUUUUAUAACCUUCUUACCUCACUUCCUGUCUCUCUGGUUUCUACUUCCUUUCACUGUGGGCUGGUAUAUCUUUACAUCUCUAUGGUAAAAGGACCUCCAGGUCCCCAGUUAAAUUAGAAGAAAGGGAUUAAGAAUUCCCUUUUACAGGAGGAUGCUGCAAAGCGGCAGGCCAGGAAGUGACUGAUACUCAAAUGCCGGGCUGUCUAUGCAUCUGUGCAGAAGCUUGUGGGGCGAUAGAGCUAAGUGGUGGCAAAGCACGGGGGUCCCCAUUUCAGUAGAGUAUCCUGGUACUUCCAAAGAGUACUUUCAAAGAUUGAUUGAGAGACAGCUGGACAGAUGUUUUCAUCACAAGGAGAUGCGGGGGAUGUCGCAGAAGUAGCUCACAGAAUCUAUUUUUCUGAUUUCCAGUGUUUCCAAGAGAGGUCUAGGUUGAUUCCUCCAUUUGUAGUUAAAGAGCUCAAAAACCAUCUGAUGAUUGUUGCUUGGUGACCUCAACAGAGACUAGCCAUUGAAGCAUCUCUUAGAGGAAGGCAGCUCUUGUAACUGAAGAAAUGAUUAAAGAUGAAUUUGUGCACACUAGAAGAUUGAAAAAGAGGAUUAAAACGGGCUAGCGGGCCAUUCACCAUGGGAUAGAGUGCUGAGAGACUGGAGGUCAGCUGGGAGGUUGGGGCAGGAUAGGCAGAUGUGAGUGAGGCUCAUCGACAUCGAGUCUGUAACAUGCUGAGCCAAUGAGAUCACAGAGUGAAACAGUACAGAUGGAGAAGAGAAGAGGACCCAGGACAGUUGAGGCAAGGACCCUUGAGGAACUCCUUCAGUGGGAGCUGGAUGAGGAUUCAGCAAAGAAGCCGGAGGAGUGGCCAGAUCAGUCAGAGGAGAACCAGGACAGAGUGGCAUCCCCCAAACUAGAGGAGACAGUAUCAAAGGGAAAAGAGUGGUCAGCGGUGUCAGAAGCUGCAGGGAGAUCAAGGAGAAUGAGGACAAGAGAAGGCCAAGAUGAACAAAAGUGAUUCUGAAGUUUUCUUAGAAGAACAAAUCAUGGCCUUGGAAGACGUUGCGGCCAUCCAAAUCCAGGCCUGGUGGCGGGGGACGCUGGUGCGACGGACCCUGCUGCAUGCGGCCCUUCGUGCAUGGAUCAUCCAGUGCUGGUGGCGGGUAGCUUACUCACGGUUGCUCGAUCGGCGUCGCCUGAUGGUGCUGCAGCUCUCCACGAGGCGGGAGUGCGCCGUGGUGAAGCUUCAGGCGAUGGUCCGCAUGUGGCGGGUGCGACGGCGCUACCUGAGGGCUCAGGCUGCUGUUCGCCUCAUCCAAAUGCGUUGGCGCAAUUGCCUGACCCGUGGGUUCAUGCGUGGCCGUUACCAGAUCACAGCCAGUGGCCUGGCAAUGGAAAUGCAGAUCCUAAUUUCCUAGGGACUGGAUCCCUUCCCAAUAAAGAAUUUUGGUGGGUA